AACAUAGAUGAGAAAAUUAUUAAAAAAAGGAGAAAAAUGAGAAAAACACGCUGACGAACACGGAGAAGGAAAGAUACAUUCGCAAUACAAAACAAUACAAAAUACAGACAACACACACAAUCAAAAGCGCUCGAACCGGCGGGGGUCUGUCUGUUAGUCAAGACAUUUACCACUGAAUAAAGAAACUAAACGUCGAGUCAAACAGAGCAAAAAAAAAUAUAGAAAUAGAAAGCAGAAAAUCACAAAAGAGAAUAAGAGAGAGACAAGGAUGCGGAGGAGUAGGAAUGCAGUUUACCAAGGCGAGCUUUAAACGAGUGGAAUGCGUUAUCAAAGGAAGAUGUGGCGCGUGCAAACACUUCACGUAAAUAUUACAAAGAAAAACUCGAUGAUUUGGUGUUAAGACGGGUAUUUCUACAAGCCACACACACACACACACACACGUACCGCCAUGUUGAGUGCAGAUGUGAGUGUUCAGGUGCUGUGGGUGGGGACGGGAGCAGCGGCGGGGGUGAGCGGGGUGAGUCUCCUUGCGGCGCUGGUGGGGAGUUCCUGGCUGGUGUCCACGGAGAGGCUAUCCAACCCGGCCUUCAGGAACGGAUCAUCUAAGGUGGAGUACUUGACCCGCCGCACCGUCAGUGGUCUCUUCACCCUCUGCGUCACGGAAGUGGGCAGGACGGAGCUCAGAUGUUCACGUAUUGACUACUUCCCCUCUGAGACGUACACUCCAGAUCCUUCAGACGCCACGGCGGCCAUUCCCUAUGCGGUGCUGAGGUCCUGCGGGUUCUUCCUGAGUGCGGCGGGACUGCUGCUGGCGGCGGAGGUGCUGUGUGUUGGCGGACGCUGCUCCCCUCGCCGCCGGUACCUCACCUUUCUCGCUGGCGUCACCUUCAUCAUCUCCGGGCUGACCAUGCUGCUGGGCGUAGUCAUCUACAUCGCCACGCUGAAGGGCGAGGUGGGGGACAGACUGCGGCCUCGUUCAGCCUUCCAGCCGCCGCUCUUCACCUACUCGUACGGCUGGUGUUUCCUGCUGCUCGUGGUGGCCUUCGUCAGCACGGAGAUGGCGGGCACGGCGGCGGUCUUCCUGUUCAUCUACCGUCACAAGCGUGAGUGGCUGCAAAAGAGACAGCAGCUGCCUCUGUCCCUUCCCGCCCCCGCCAGGCCACGCCCUCGACCGCCACAUCCGCCUCUCAGGCAGCAAGUGCCAGUGUGCCUCCACAACCACGUCCCCCCUCGGGCCGCCGAGCACACCACACUCCCUCCUCGGGAGCGACGCUCCCUCACUGACCUGCACGCGGCGGACAACUGGGCCAACAAGCCACCGGUGUCCCGGGGCGCCAGCCUUCCACGCUCCUUCACCCGGAGUCCUUCGCUGGCCACCGUCAGCGGCGUGACCCCGCGCUGCGGCUCCCCAGAGAGAAGUGCUCCAGCUCGAUGCAACACACUGCCCAGGGCCACUGCCCCUCGCCCCUAUGGCCCCGUGCCGCAGAUCAGGGUGACUCCUGCCGAGGGCUGUGCAGCCUGCUGUCCUUGCUACGCUUGUUGUUGUUGUUGUUGUUAUGGCGACGGCCGAUCCCCGUGGCCACCACCAUCCUACCGGGGGCCCAGUAUGGCACCCUCGCCCCCUUGUGACUGCCACCGCCCUCCGCCCGUCACCCGUAAGCCGCCGCAGACAUGUCCGCGGUGCACCCGGGAAAGUCAGUACGCUAUGAGGGACCCCAGACGUCCCCCAAACACCAUGCCCGUGUGACAGCCGGCCUGGGUGCUGGGGGCGCGCUAGUGGCUCCACACCCUCAGGCACCCGACUCUCAGGAACACCCGAGCCCCUUAGAAACACACCGCGCCGGUGGAAGCUCACCGCCACACGACGCGACAAUGUACCAAUAAGACGAGGUU